CACUCCGCGAUGAGGGGGGCAUGUGGAGCCGACUGUUGUUGGGACAGAUGAGUUUCUCGGAGCCUGAACUUCGGCAGUUCUUGUAAACAUGAUCUCGCUCUCUUGCGUUUUGGCGCUCGGCUUGUUUUCCUCCGCGCUGGGCAGAGACUUCCAAGUGGGGGGAAACACGCCAGGUGAGAAGAGGCUGCAGUUUGGCAGGGAUGGGGUGCGACGGAGUCCGGGGAAACGCAGCGCAGGACUGAAUGAACAGACGUGUGCGAGUCUGGCUGACGCGGAGGCAACGCUGCGCGACAGCAGCCACAGCUUCUCAUUCAAAGUGAGAACCAUGGGUUCGCUGUCGCUGGCCUGGGUGGGAGACGGAACAGGGGUGCUGCUGGUCCUGACCACGUUUCAGCUCCCGCGCUUUAUGAUCCGCUUUGGCCAGUCUAACCUCUACAGGAGUGAGGACUACGGGAAGACGUUCACAGAUGUGACUCACCUGAUCAACCACACCUUCAUCCUGACUGAGUUUGGCAUUGCCAUCAGUCCUGACCACUCGGGCAAGGUGAUCCUGACCGGCGACGUGUCGGACGUUGGGGGAUUUCAACUGUUUCGCUCCCAGGACUUCGGCAGCACCUUUGUUCCAGGCAUUCUGCCUUUCGAGCCCCUCAUUCAGAUGCUGUACAACCCGGCAGACUCCAAUGUGCUUCUGACGCUCAGCCUGAAGUUGGACCUUUGGCUGUCUGAGGACUUUGGCGCCACCUGGAGGAAGCUCCAUGACCGUGCGUGCUUGGUCAGAUGGGGUCCAAACAACAGCAUCUACUUCACAGCAGCCUACAAUAAUUCAUGCAACGAUAAAGGAACGCUGGAGUUAAUAAAGACGAGCGACUACGGUCGAAGCUUCUCGACCAUCGCGAAAAGUGUCUUCUCCUUCGUGCUGGGAGGGAAGUUCGUCUUUGCCUCCAUCAUGACUGGCACGGGCACGGAGCGCAUGAUCCACGUGUCCGUGGACGGAGGUGAGGUGUGGAACAUCGCUCAGGUGCCCACCGUCAACCACGAGCAGUUCUACUCCAUCCUGGCAGCCACGCAGGACAUGAUAUUCAUGCACGUGGACGACGCCGGCGACUCCGGCGUCGGAACCGUCUACGUGUCCGACGACAGGGGGACCGUGUUCUCCAAGUCCCUGGAGCGACACCUCUACACGCUCACAGGAAGUGACACGGACUUCUCCGCCGUCUCCUCCCUCAGGGGCGUCUACAUGACCAGCGUGCUCACGGAGGACGGUGCAGUGGAAUCGGUCAUCACCUUCGACCAAGGAGCAAAGUGGCAGGCGCUGCGCAGACCUGAGAACAGCCACUGUGACACCGAGACCUCUGCUAACAGGCCCACCAGAUGCACACUUCACAUCCACGGCUCCUACAGCACCAGCAUGAAGAUGAACGUCCCCAUGCUGCCUCUGUCCCAGCCCAGCGCUCUGGGCCUCAUCCUGGCGCACGGCAGCGUUGGCGACGCUGAGUCGACGGUGUGGCCGGACGUGUACGUGUCCGAUGACGGCGGCUACACGUGGCUCCUGGCUCUCAGGGGCCCUCAUCACUACGCCAUCCUAGACUCGGGGGGCCUGCUGGUGGCUGUGGAGCACACCAAUUCACCCGUCAACCAGAUCAAGUUUUCAACUGACGAGGGGCAGUGCUGGCAUACGUACAACUUCACCAAUGACCCAAUCCACUUCAGUGGGCUGGACAGCGAGCCCGGGUCCCGCUCCAUGAACGUCAGCCUGUGGGGCUACAGGAACGACUUCAACAAAUGGGUGGUGAUCACCGUGGACUUCCAAAAACUCCUCACCAGAGACUGCACGGAAGCCGACUACGUGGAGUGGCUGGCCCACUCUGCGGACCCCGCCGGGUCCAGCGAUGGCUGCGUGCUGGGCUACAAGGAGACCUUCCUGCGUCUGAGGAAAGACUCCGUGUGCUGGAAGGGGAGAGACUACGCCAUGACCCAGAGAGCGUCUGCCUGCCCGUGCACACUGGGGGAUUAUCACUGUGACUUUGGCUACUACCGACCAGACAACAGCUCCGAGUGUGUGGAGCAGGAGGAGAUGAAGGGGCGUCCCCUGGAGUUCUGUUUGAACGGAACCACUGAACAGCUGCAGACCAGUGGUUACCGAAAGAUUCCAGGAGACCAGUGUGAAGGAGGUUUCCAGCCGGAGAGGAAGGAAACCAACCUGUGGAGGAUGUGCAUCAGCAGUGCCCUUUAUCCAGAUUCUCUGAGCGAAUCCACUCCUCCAAACACGGCUGUCGUGGUGCUGGUUGUCAUAGCGAUCCUUCUGACGAGCGCUGUCGUGGGAGUUUGGCUGAUUAAGAAAUACGUCUGUGGAGGCCGGUUUCUUGUCCACCGAUACUCUGUCAUGAGGGAAAAUGUCGAGGCCAACAAAAUAGAAGGUGUUGACGAUGUUGACACCCACUACAUGGAGACAGGAAAAGCUCAGUACAAUGAGGAUUCAGAUCAGGACCUGCUAGAAUAAGUCUCAGCACGCUCUGUAACGAUGCCUCAGCACCUACUGCUUCCACAUGCUGAUUAACAGCUGCUUCCCACGUCUCGCUUUCCCCUGGUGGCUGGAGGACUCGGCAGCAGCGGGGCCAUUUCUCCCAUUGCUUCCUUAUAUCAGUUGAGGCCCCACAAAAAAAGGCAGAUCGCUGGUUUGGGGAGGGGAAACAAAUCUUCUCCAUUCCCUGGAGAGCUUGUGUGCGUUCUGUCGGAGCGAGUUCUGUCAAGUUGGUUGAGAUUGAAUAUGUUUCCGCGCUGACCAGAGAAGAAAUGGCCUUUCCUGAUGCGACGCACUGCAAAAGCUCAAUACUGAGGCUGUCAUAUAUAAGCCUGAUAUUCUUUUAGGAGGAAGUCAAGCAACAGAACGCAGGAAAUUAUCUGUAGGUUUUAGCUCAGAGAUUUUGUCUGCUGUCAAGAUUAGUUUUUUCUGUUCUGUAAAUAUAAACUUAAACAGGCUCCUUCCUUCAUCCGUUGUCACUUCCCAUUUAAAUAGCAGAUAUAGUUUAUUAGUUUAUACUGUAUCAGAACCAAUAUGUGUUUAGAUACAAAAUGUCACCUGACACCAAUGAAAGCAGAAAAUUGUCACUAUUUAAUUAGGAAGAUAAAUUUAAUAAUCAUACCAGAUAAUGUUAACAAUCAUUAUUAAAUAGUUUAAAUUGGUAGAUGAGACAAACAGUAAUGAAGUAGCAACCAAAGUAUCAAAUGGUAUAUAAAGGUUGCUAGUAAAUAAAAAAACUGAUUAGAAAGCAUGUAAUAAUUAUUCCUAAAACGUCUUAGCACCCAGUGAAACUAACAUCUUUAUAAUUAGUCAUAGAAGCAGUUUUUACAGUGUACCUUCUAACAACCAAUUUCUUCUGCUCCCCUGUUUGUGUGUGUGUGUGUGUGUGUGUGUGUGUGUGUGUGUGUGUGUGUGUGUGUGUGUGUGUGUGUGUGUGUGUGUGUGUGUGUGUGUGUGUACUUGUUCUAGUACUCGUACUUGCGUCAAAGUGAGAACAAUAAAACGUAUUUUCCUACCAAAUGGAGGACAUUUUAACAAAGUGAGGACAUUUUGGACGCUAGUCCUUUAAAGGCCUGUUUGAGGGUUUAGAUGUGAUUUUAGGGCUAAGGUUAGAAUUGAGUUUUUGUUCGGAUUAGAGCAAAGGUUAGAGGUCUGCCUUUACUGUAGGUGUGAUGGUUAGGGUUACGGGCUAGAAAAGGCAAUGGAGGUCCUCACUUCUAUGUAAGUACAAGUGUGUGUGUGUGUGUGUGUGUGUGUGUGUUUGGUGGAAAUGAAAGACUUGAAUUGUUUGCCAAAGCACUUUUGCUGUUUAAUUUUCUAGCUGAAACUGAACUCAUUUUAAAACAGACCCUUUACUUGAACUUUUAGAUAUUUCUGUGAAGGCUCAUUGUGUUACUGUUGCGUUAUUGUGUUUUGCAUUUGCUUUUGUGUGGUGUUUUCCAUAUACAGUAUAGCCAAUACCAAUAUGCAUUUGUCUGUAGAUCUUAAUGUGGGUGCAGCCAAAAUUAUCCGAAUAAUCAUUUUUAAAGAGCACACUACAAAUUUGGCAACAGAAGAACUGUCACAGUGUCAGUCAAUCUAUAGUCUGUGACAUAUUACCAUAAAACUAUUAGGAUACUACUGUAUAAAUCUUCUUUUGUUUAGCAAUGUCCAAACUAAUUCUCAGAGGUUGCAUGAUAUUUACAGUAAUAAUAAAACAAAAGUUUAAUGUGAGACCAUUUUUACAAGUAUGACAGGUCCCUUAAUAUUUUGCUGGCUAUCAUUUUUGGGCUGCAUUCUAAAACCUGUCAAAUUAAAAACAAGCAGGGCUUUGGUCCGCUGUUUGUAUUCUCCAGCAGAGGCAAUAAUACCCCAGCGAAUAAGCUAAAAUGGCCUAAUGUAGAGGCAUAUUCUCAAGGUUUGUUGGAUGGUUGCUUGCUGUUCCAUUAUUUACGCAUGUGUUAGAACAAAGCCAGCUAUUUACUGGAUCCAAUGAUGUGUUUUGCACUGUAAAUACAGAUCUGUGAAAAUGUUGCAUUUGUGACUCCUUGUACAUGUAAAGUUUAAAACACGAGGGCCGUGAAUUGUGAUCUUCCAUUCAGUUUUCUUUGCUGAUAUCGUAGCGCGUUUUUAAAUUAAACCACCUUGUAGCAUA